AUGGAGAUAGACGAAGCUCUUCUCACCCUCCCGAUCAACCCCUACAACUUCCCUGCCAGGUUGUGGUGUUUGGUGAAUAACCCCCAGAUCUGCUCGAUCCGCUGGGACUCCCAUGGGGAAGCAGUCAUCAUUGAUCAACAGCUGUUUGAGGCAGAGCUGCUCUCACCAGGCCGCAGAGCAUUAGGCAAAUCACCAGAGUGUUUCAAAACUACAAACUUCACCAGUUUCAUUCGUCAGCUGAACCUUUACGGCUUCAGGAAACUGAAACCUGGUGAUGGUAUCUUGGAAAAGCAGAUCGAAGGCAAGCCAGUCACGGACAACAUUGUACACAAUUUCCAUAACCCAGACUUCAAGCAGGGCCAUCCUGAGCUGCUGGUCAAUUUAAAAAGACUUACUAGUAUUAACAAGGCCAAGCUAGAGGCUGGUCUAGAGGUGACCUGCCGGCCACCGAGCCGCUUUCAUCGCUUUUUGCUGAAUUCUCCUGAAGGGAACAUAACAGCUGAGAAAAGAGGCUCAGUGUUGGCUAGACAGGUCCAUCAAAGGCAGAUAAGCUCUAGUCCUUACCCAUGUCACUCCAAUGCUUCUCAGCAGCUGAAAGCAUAUGACCGAUCAUCUACACCAUCCAGUGCAUGGAUCAUGGGCCACGACAGUUCCUCUUCAUCGUCAGCUUUCUACACUGACAAGGAUGUUCCGCUCUAUGUGCUUCACCACUUCCCAGCAGACAUGGCAUAUGCUGUUCAGUCCAACCCCACCUCUGUGCAUGUUCCACAGGGCUCCCAGAGCUCCUCAGCUGCUGGGUCCAAAAUUAGUACCUUUAUACAUCCUCCUCCACAGUACCGAUCAGGAUUUUACUCACCAGUGGGUCAGUGCUGCCCCCCUGGCUCCUCGGAUGCAAACAUGGCAUGCUCCCAUCAGCCAGCUGCCUCAUACUCCCAUUAUGGCUAUUACCCGACCUACGCAGCAGGCUACCUUCACUCUAGUGGUCAGAAUCUAGACUGGCUGUCAGGUGACAGCAUGUCCAAAAAGACUGAUGUGAACCUGGACACAGUGUUCAAGAUUGUGGAUGAGCUUCAGGGUUCACCCAAGGUGAUGAACAUGGUGAAAGUUUCUUCUCCAGAAAAGUGUCCUACCACCUUGACACCAGAGAACCAUCUAGUUGGCCUGCCUCUCCACAGCUCCACAGCCUGUACCUCCAAACCAGCAUCUGCCAUAGCUUCAGCUCAAUAUGACUUUCCUAAGGUCUCCAGGCCCAUCCCGGUACAGUCCAGCCCCUCAUUCAGUUCUGCUCCUAGGGGCGGCAUCAUUAUCACUGUGCCAGGGAAUGUAUCAUCAGGCAUUUCCAUUACCAUGGGUUCCCACUCCAGCCGUUCAGAGACGGGGACUGACAAAGGCUUGGAACUAGGAUCCAGCCAAUCAGAGGCAGCGCAAUUGGAACCUUCUCUAAAGGCCCCUGCUGUUGCUGAUCCCUCCAAGGAAGGAGCCAGAUAG